AUGGUGGGCAUCCCGAAUUGGGUGCCCUUCUAUGUAGGCUUGGCGGGGGCGAUGAUGGUGAACCCCUUCAUUUUGCAGGUCGUCGGCUUCCCAAGGAACUUCCUGCAGCAUGGGAUCUUUCUGAUCAUCCAGGCUCUCUUUGCAAAUAUCGGCUAUUGUGGCAAGAUCGGCGUGGCGGCGGGCUACUUCAGCAUUGCCGUUGGCGUUCUUGACCUGAUCGCCAGUGCCUUUCACAUUAAGAGUGAUCGCAUGAAGGACUUGCAGCUCGUGAAGGACCAUCCGGACUACUCCACACAUGAGGACGAUGACGAUGAUGACGAGUGA